UUGUCCUUGUUUUAAUUCUAAAAACGAAAAGUUUUAUUAGCCCAAGAGCUCGCAGAAAAUUUGUCGCGGUGCAAAAGUUGGUCGUCUAGAAGCAGUGUCACGUGAAACUAUACGAACAUUUUUGUAGAAUUUGGCUCUUUUGGUCGCAAUGUUUGCCCUGGAAGGGGCCUUCAAUAGGUGGGUCGAUUUGUACAAUCGGCCCCUUCAUACUUUUUUCCCCAGUUCUAAGAAAAAUCAAAGGUCGAGAACAAAGUAGCCACAUAUCGGAGAACGAUUGGCAGCAUGGAAAUGCCGAAGGGACUGCAAACAACUUCAAACGGGCUAACGUAGAUGAUGGUGAUGUGGGCUACUUUCACGCAAUUAUUGCGCUGUAUUCGGGAUAUAGCGAUUGGAUGUACAAGUGCUUUUAGUCGCCUAAAUGACAAAUUAUAUCUUAUUUGAUAUCUAUUGGCUUUUCUAAGUUCAACAAGCUUUUAUCUUUUCUGUUUGAAUUUAGCAUAAUAAACAAAAAAAGAAAAAAAGAAAUUACGGGAAAAAGCUAAUGCCAGCUGAUUUUGACAGCUCUCCCGUGCCGAAGCAUGCGGUGUUUACGUUUUCCAUCGCAUGUGUUUACAUUUUUUCCUGUGCAGCGCAACUUGUUUCAAAAAUGUUUGAUCGCACAAUUGCUGAGGCGGUGAUAAAACCUGACUGCAUUUCGAACUUUUGGCAAGCGGUUGAUAUCUAUCUAUUCAAAACACACGUGGUAAAUAAGAAACUGUUUGGUGUGAAAAAUGUUCUCAUAUUACCGUACAAAAAUGCACCACCGUCGGCGGAAGAGACCUCCCAAGCGACGGAGCAUUUGCUGGACCACAUAGCGGAAACCGAACUGAACAGCUUUGAACACGAAACUCGGAAGCGCCUUUUAUGCCUUGGCUGUAAGGUGCGAGAGGAAAAGGUGGAUAAUAUUUCGCUCCAUGAAGUGUCGCAACAGCAGUACGAUGGUGCGAUCGUUUUAAACCGUCUCCUGCCGAAAAACAUCAACGUUUUCCAGCCAAUCGAUGUUGCUUGUUGGAUAGAUUUUAGAUCCCUCCGGGUGCAGCUCCAGUGUCUUCAAAAGGAUAAAGUUACAACCUUGUUCCCAGCAUUUCCCUUCUCGCUGCAAGUGACCCAUGGAACGCUUUCCAUUCGCUGCCAGUCCACCGACACCAUCGACGAACGGUCGACCUAUUGGUUGCGGGAAGUACUGCUGGAACGAAUGCAGAAAUGGAUGGAAUCAAACAUUCCCACCAAUGCGACGGGCACGAGCACGGCCUCCAUUCGAUCCCUUGCGCUCGUGGACAAUCUGGAACAGUACAAUUGUCUUUUCAACGAGCUGAAACAAAAGUAUGGCCAAUCUAUGGUAUCCAUCUGGCCGGAGUGUACCGAUCCGCAGAAGUUUGUCUUCGAAGACAUCGCGAUAGCAGCGUACCUGUUGAUGGUUUGGAGAAAGGAGCGAACGGCGAAGGGGCUCGAGUCGCUUCAGUCGUUUGUGGACAUUGGCUGCGGCAAUGGACUGCUGGUAUACAUUCUAGCAUCGGAAGGCCAUCGAGGUUACGGGAUCGAUUUAAGGAAACGGAAGCUGUGGGAUAUGUAUCCGGCCGAGCCGAAGGUUGACUUGCGCGUCGAAACGAUCGUACCGUCCAGCUCGUCGCUGUUCCCCGACAUCGACUGGAUCAUUGGCAACCAUUCGGAUGAACUUUCGCCCUGGAUUCCGGUCAUUGCGGCACGAAGCUCCUACCGGUGCCGCUUUUUCCUGCUGCCCUGCUGUGCGUACGAGUUCGAUGGGCGUAAAUAUCAGCGGCAAAACUGUGCCCUCAGCCAGUACGGGGAUUUUCUGAAUUAUGCAGCAGAAAUUGCACGUGUCUGUGGGUUCGCGGUGGAGACGGAUCGCUUGCGUAUACCCAGUACGAAGCGCACGUGUCUGGUCGGAAGCACCAGAACGUACCCGGAGAUGGAGUACGAACAGCAGGACGAAAGGGUAACAGCAUUCAUCAAUGAACGAUCGAGCGGGGCUGAAACGGAAGAAAAAUCGGCACAAACUGGUACGCCAGAGGAGAAUGUGCCUAGUUCCGGCAGCUGGUCGGCAGGAUUUAAACCAAGGGAAAGCACGGAAAAGGUACGCAAUUGUACGAAAAUCGAUCGGUCCGUGGUGGAUAAGAUUGUGGCGAUUGUGUUCGGGGAGCUGCUGGCAAAGCGACGCAUUCCGGCAGAGUUUGCCGAACGCAGCUGGAACGCUGGAGGGACGCUAGCACUGGAGGAACUAGUGAAAGCGAUCCCGCAGGAGCUGCUCGUUGCGCUAAAGGCAGAGUGUGGUGGGCUGCAAACGUUGUUGCGCAACAAUCAUCAAAUUUUCCGCGUCGAAAAGGGAACGGUGCAGCUGCGCAUACCGACCCGAAUAUCGGACACGGUGGAUGCGGCCCUUGCGAGGAAAAUGAAGAAGGUGAAGAACUUUAAACCGAUCAACUUUAAGCAACGUGUUUGCUGGUUUUUCGUCAACCAUCCGGAUGGUUGCCCGUUGGCAGAGAAGGACUGUAAGUUCAACCACGGGAGCUGAAAGGUGAGAAAGAACCUAUUGUCUUGUUAUUCUUUAGUUGAUAUAAAUAAACUGUUUAAAAUUG